CCUUUUCCUUCGCAUGCGCAGAUUUAAAUCUCCAUAGAGAUUACUUCAACAACAUGUCUGAUCCUACAAGACUGAAAAAGAAAAUUUAGUGUUGUUGUCAGUAAAGUUUUAAAAUUUAGAAUUGCAAGUCCAGGGUACUGUUUAGAUUAGAUCAAGUAGAUUCUAUAUUCUAUACUGAGUAUACUGUGUCUGUGUAGGAUUCUGCUGUACAUUUUUUGACUUUCAACCCUUUAACAUUUUAUAGUAUUUUUAUAAUUUAAUUGGAGUAAACAGUAACAAUUAAAAAAUGGGUGACAAAGGAGGAAAAUCAGACAUGGAAAGAGUGGGUUUAUUCAAAGAAAUGAAAUAUAUCACAGUUGGAGAUCCAUUCAAGACUCCAGGGCAGGGAGUUUUUAAUGAAUCAGCCAGCAAAGGAAAGCAAAUGCUGCCUGGGGGCUUAAAAGAAAAGUCAGCCAAACAAGAUGGAUAUUUUAAUGAUAAAUUUGGACGGGUUUUUGAAGGAGAAAGCUACACAGAUCCAGUUAAGCUUAGAAGACUUCACCGUAUGUCAGAAUCAAAAAAGAAUUUAUCAAAGGCAUUCUUACCAACAAAUGGUUACAAAACAAUGAAUGGGCUUGGAACAUUUUAUGGUACAUUAGGAGGAACAGUGUCAUCUUUUAGUCCUGCAUCUAAAGAAUCUGGCUCUAAAAGAGAACCUCUUAAAAAUAUACUCACUAAUCCUGGUAAAAAAGGCACAGGCUAUGGCUAUGUGAAUAUUUGUUUGAAUCCAUAUCCACCACAUGGUGCAGAUGAUUAUAAUAAAGGAAUUAUGAUGUAUAAGCAAGAUCUAGCUAAACAUAAGGCAGCUCUCAAAGCUGGAGCAUUCCGGCUCAACAUGCACCCUGCUGAUUAUUUCUCUCCAAAUCCCUACCGCUCAGAUGUAGGAGUUCCUGCCCCUAGGAAAUGGGCAGGAGAUCUCCCUGAGAAGCCUAUCACGACUCCUUUCCGCCCUAGCAACCCUGGUAAAAAUCUUGCUGGAAUGAAGGCUGGUACAUUUGACCCUUACCCAUCGCACUCAGCAGACCCAUAUGGCAUCAAGUAUAAGCGACCAGUCAAUGUUGUUAAUAAAAUAGGCAAACAGUUUGUGCCACCUCCAGGCCCGAAAUCUACUCCUUGCAAUUCUAUUGUGAACCAGAAUGUUACAAGAUCCGUGAACAUCACAAACUAUCGUACCAUUACUGUUGUAUAGUUUGUAAAGCCAGAUUAAAACCCUAUUGAAUACAUGACAACAAUGUCUACCUUUCACUACCAUCAAAGUAAUCAAAGAACAUUAUUUUCCUAGAAAAUAAACAUCAGGAUCAGACUAUAAGACAUUUUUCAGUUUUGAUUUUGACCUUGUUUUGUUAAUUUACCUGUGUUAUUGUUUAUAUUGCCAAAAUUUAAGAUAUGAAUCUAUUUACAAUUUUUGAGUGUUGAUGUACAUGUUUAACUUUUUUGUUUGACAAUGUUUAUUAAUUGUAAAGUAUUUUUUAAUUCUAGCUUUUUUUGUUUUGAUUUUAAUUCUGUGCUUGUGUUCAUCACUUGCUAUGUCUUGUACUGAAAUUUUAGGUAGUCUCUUACCAUCAGCAUUCUUUUUAAUAUCUUUAUCCCACAAGAGUAAUUUAAAUUUUUCAUUUAUAUCUACACAUGCUUUCUGACAUUAGGUACUUUAUUGUCAAGAAAAGUUGUUUCAAUUGUAGUUUUAUGUAAAUGUGUGAAUUUUAUAUUCAAAUUUUUUUUUUAUUAAUGUAAUGUUUUAGAAAGUUGUAAUUCCUUCAUAUGUAAUUUAUUGUGAAAAAUGUAAGUAACAAUUAAACAUACAUUAUUGUAAAAUGAAUAAGUGAAAUAUUUUAAAAUAAAUCCACAUUAAAGAAAUAAGGCAAAUA